UGUUUUCCUUUUCAAAACAUGGGCCAAUCUAUAUACUUCUAUGAUCCGUCUCUGGCGGCGUCCAUUAUAUUCACCAUCCUUUACCUCCUCGCUUUUAUUUACCACCUACACAUGUCUGUGAUUGCACCUUGCACAGGGAAAUUCAGUCGAACAGGAUACUUUGUUCCCGUCAUGAUCGGUGCAGCAAUUGAAGUCGGAGCAUACGCCAUCCGAGCUGGCAGCGUCAAGAAACCAGAUAACAUCGCGUUAUACGCGACUUCAGCCACACUAAUUGUCAUUGCCCCGGUGCUGGUCUGUGCCAGCCUGUAUAUCUUGAUUGGGCGGUUGAUCCGGUCUACGGGCAAGUUGCCCUUAUUGUUGUUUGGGAAGGUCUCUCCCGCCUGGAUUCCUCGGAUCUUCGUUGCGUCGGAUAUUCUGAGCUUUCUCACGCAGGCCUCUGGGAGUGGAAUUGCGUCUUCGAAUAACUGGGAAGGGACCCAGAAGAAUACCGGUGUUGGCGUUCUUAUUGGCGGGUUGGCUUUGCAGCUGGUGACUUUCGCGCUCUUUCUUCUUAUCGUCAUUUGGUUUGACAUAAAGUCGAAACCGUCUCCACAAGGUGACAGUAUGGAACGCGGGGUGAGAUUGGUCUUGAAUGGGAUUUAUGUCGCGGGCUUUUUUAUGAUGGUCCGUCUAAUUUAUCGAGUCAUUGAAUUCUCCAUGGGCAUGAACACUUAUACUUGGACUCACGAAUGGCCGCUUUACGUCCUAGAAGCAGUUCCAAUGUUUAUUGCCCUGGUGACCUUGGGGUGGUAUCAUCCUGCUCGAUGGCUUCCUCUCGGCCUUCGUGCAAUACGAGAGACAAUGCCUUCUGGAAGUGAUAGCAUGCCCAUUCCGCUAUGUUAG